UUUGCGUGGACGACUGCAGCAGCUGAUGCUCUGCAGCGGGCUCGUUUUGACACGCUCAAGCAUCGUUUUCAGGGCACCAGAAGCGCGAAACAGCUUGCCGCCGCCUGGAUGUUAGUCUCCGCAGAAACGUAUCUAGUCUCGGGGCUCGAGGUGAAACCCCACCAGUGCAAGUCAAAGGUA